AUGAAAGUUUUGGAGGAACGGGAUGUGGAUGAUAAAUCGAAAAGCCGCAAAGUUCGCCUGGAACUGACAAUGACAGCCACUACGACAGCGACAACGACAACUACAACUACUACAACGACAGCUACAACAACGACAACGACAGCUACAACAACGACAACGACAACUACAACUGCUGCAACGACAGCUACAACCACAACUACAACUGCAACCACAACGACAACCACAACGACAACAACAACGACAACGACAACUACUACAACGACAGCUACAACUACAACUACAACUACAACUACAACCACAACCACAACCACAACCACAACUACAACGACAACGACAACUACAACGACAACAACUACAACAACGACAACAACGACAACAACGACAACAACUACAACCACAACCACAACCACAACCACAACUACAACGACAACGACAACUACAACGACAACAACUACAACAACGACAACUACAACUACUACAACUACUACAACUACAACAACGACAACAACGACAACAACGACAACAACGACAACAACUACGACAACAACUACAAUAACGACAACAACAACGACAACCAGCACAACUACAACUACAACAACAACUACAACAACGACAACAACAACAACUAAAGCGACAACUACUACAACAACAACUACAACUACUACAACCACAACCACCACAAAGACUACAACGACUACAACAACCAAAACCACAACUACGACUGCUAAAUCAACGACAACAACGACGACAAAAACGACAACAACGACGACAAAAACGACAACCACAGGAACUCCUAGUCCUGCUUGUUUAUCUUGUAAGACGAGUCAAAUCACCUUUACACCGGCGCAAACGAAUCGAACUGGAUCAAUUGAUGCGACAUUCAGUGGACCGACAAAAACAGGAGUAAACGGUUGCCUUCAACUUACAGCCAUUUGUAACGGUGACGAUGGAUAUGUUUCUUUUAUGCAGUUUAACUGGCAGAAUGGUGGGCCGAUUGAAGAUGAACUGAUGCUACAAAAGACAACGGCAACGCUUGAUUGCAAAAAUGGGAAAUGGUUUUACAAGGCUCGCAAUGUGGUAGAAGUCGAUUGUCAACAAGCAGGC